AUGCAUCUUAGUUGUGAAAAUGGAACGCUUAAAUCGAAAGAAGAAAAAAUUAUUGUCGAAUCAUUUACUCCUUUGGGACGUUAUGGACAUUCCUCUAUACUUUUAGGAAAUAAACUUUAUUUCUUUGGUGGUACAAAAGAUGGUGAUUUUUUUUUAAAUGUUUUAAAUGAAGUAUUCUUUCUUGAUGUUUCUCAACAAUUUAAUGUAAAGAUUCCGCCAUGGACUGACCUUACGGCCAUUUCAGGAAUGGACUUUAAAAGUAGCAGUGCAACUAUUGUAUUAAGUGAUGAUUACGAUAAUCCAUCAAUUUAUUUAUUUGGAGGAACAAUGAAAAAUAAAAAUAAUGAAAAUUUAAAUAUUUCAAUGAUACAUAAAUUUAAUCCAAUAUCCGUGCAAUGGAAUGUACCUAUGAUCGCAGGAGUACAGCCAGAGAGACGAAUGAAUAUUCAAGCUGUUUUUAAUUCUGGAAAAAUUUACGUUUUUGGUGGAUUUGCCAAUAGUUUAGUAGGAUUAGAAUCUGGUAUAAUAGAUUUUAAUGAUAUGGUAAUAUUAGAUAUUAAUGAUUUUACAUGGUCUUACGGUACUAUACUAAACGCCCCCAAACAACGAAGUUCAUAUAGUGCAACACUUUUACCAAAUGGUAUGAUUGUAUAUAUUGGAGGCCUGGAAAGAGGUUUCUUAGUUGCAAUAGAAAAUCUUUUCAUGGAGUUAGAAAUGAAUUCAGAAGAAAAUGAAAAUCCUAUGGCGUUGUUACAUUGUUGCACAAAAUUAAGUACAUCCACUGUAUUCUGA